AUGGUGACAUCAAAUAUGGUGUCUUCUUCUUCUGAUAAGCCAUACAGUAUAACAAACAUCAAGGCAUACAUUCCAUUCACUCUUGAUCUGGAACGUAUGAACUAUGAUGCAUGGCAUGACGUAUUUGAAACCCAAUGUGUCACUUUUGGAGUUAACGAUCAUCUCAGCCAACCAGAUGACAAAGCUGCGGACAGAUCUGACAAAAAGGAAUGGACUCGUGUUGAUUCUCUUGUCAAGAUGUGGAUUUUUGGUACUAUGACUCAAUCCUUGACCCAGACUAUACACAAGAAGAAUCAAACUGCUGUUGAUCUAUGGAGUGCUCUGGAAAAUCUGUUUCAUGACAACAAGGAUACUCGAGACAUGCAAUUGGAUCAAGAAUUGCACAAUAUCUCUCAACGAGAUACCUCUGUUAACGCCUACUGCUCCAGAAUCAAGAACCUUGCUGAAUUGCUCGAGAAAAAUGAAGCUCCCGUCCCUGAAAAGAAUCUGGUAAGUUAUACCAUCAAUGGUCUCCAUUCUCAUUUAGAUCAUAUUGCAAGUAUCCUCCGUCAUCGCACUUCGUUCCUUACUUUCUUGGAAACUCGUUCAAUACUUGCGCUUGAAGAGAAAGCUAUGAAUCAACUUCAAUAG